CUUUCUUUCUUUCUCUCGCUCUCUCUCUCUCACUCUCUCUCGCCCUCUCUUUCAUUUAACAGUGAGAGGGAAGGCAGUGUGGUCUCUACCUCUAUCUCGCUUUCACAAGCAAAAGCUUACAAGGGCGCACGCACGCAGUGUGUCAGAGAAGGGAUGGGGCAGUUGUUGUUUGUCAGUCUGGAAUCCUGCUGAGAGUGAAAGGGAGGAAAGCGCUGGUCGGGAGCCGUGGAGCCCACAUCACUCACAGCGGAGUGAGCAAAUCUUUCUAUCUCUCCCAGUAGGCAGCCUUCAAGAACAGCAGCCGCAUCAGUUUUUCAGAGCAGCACUCUUCCCCCUCCCCUCCUCUUUCUUGCUCUCUCUGUUUCCCUUGCUGUCGCUCACUCUCCCACUCUCACCUCCGUCGGCAAUGUGGGAAUGUAGCGGACUGAUGUAGCAAACAAGCAGCCAAGGCUUUCAGAUUUUUCUACCACAAUGGCAGGCGGUGGACAGACAGCUGGAGAAAGACGGACAGUCCAGGAGAUCUGAGGGGAAAGGGAUUGGAUGGGGAUCCGUUGGAUUUACCCCCCCCUCUUCCGCCCCACCAGCCACAUCCCGACAGAUCCUCUCCCCCACUCUCUCUCCAGUUCCACUGGCUCUCUUCAUGCAGGAUUACCGUUCACCACUACAGCUGAAACAACGCUUCACAGGUCUGCCUGGAAGGACAGCAAGGGGAGGCUGACCCAAGGCAGGGAAGAAGACUGUAGAGGAAGCCCCUGGACUGGAGCCUAUAUAAAACACCUGAGAAAUAAAAAGAGGGCAACCCCUCCAGAGCCACAGAGGAAAAGGAAUCGAGGGCCGUGGAUCAGAGUGCCAUUGAGAAGCAGUGAGUUGGAGCCGCAGAGGAGGUUUGUUUCUCAUUGACACACACACAGGAUUUACAGCUAUGGUCUGAAGCUUGCUACACCGUGAAUCGAUGUUCUCCUGCCUGCCUUUUUCAUCAGCUUUUUUCCUCAUACGGGAGUGAAGUAUCUUGGGAUUUACCGUUGUUUCGUUACCACCUAACUACAGCGUGGCUCACCCCCUCCGUUCAGCAUCCUCACCUAUCCAUGUCCAACCUGUGUGUCUGUUUGUUUGUUUGUGUGUGUACUUAGCUAGCUCUGCGCCAGAGGGAGUGUAUAUUUGCUUACGUGUGCAUCCUCGUGAGCUGCUUGGCUUGUAAUUACUUGUACGUACGUGUCUGUGGGUGCCCUCUUGUGUCUAUGUGUGUGUGGGUAUAAAUGUAGACAUUUUGUGUGGGUGCAUUGGUAAGAUGCCCACUGUUGGUUCUGUUCCCCAUCCCCUGUCUCGUUUGUGCCCUUUUGUCAUUGGGCCUCCGGUUUGACCCCUGAACUUUAACGGCAUCGGCAGGAUGAGUGAGCACUCAGGAAUGAGCACUCUGGGGGCCAUGACCCUGGAGGAACCCGGGGACGAACAGGCCUCCCCUCGGGCCCCGGGGCCUCUUCGCUGUGGGCCCUGUGCCGUGUGGUCCCGCCAGCAGACCUGGCUGUGUGCGGUGCCCUUGGUGAUGGGCUUUGUGGGCCUUGGCCUCAGUCUAAUGCUGCUUAAAUGGAUUGUAGUGGGCUCCAUUCAAGACUAUCUGCCCACGGACCUGGUGGAUGCCAAAGGCAUAGGGCAGGAUCCCAUCUUUCUCUAUGAACCCAGCGCCCUGCCCAAACGACCAGACACUAUGACCACGACUUCCACCACCAACCCUCUAGCGUCCGAUGGCACGGCCCCAGCCCCGAGAACUCGAUUUGUGCCACCCUCCAACCACUCUGCCCCGCACCUCCACAACCGGAUCGGCAGUGGCACCCACGUGAUGGGCACCACCACCACUACCCGCACCACUCGACUUGUCCUGCCUGGGGGUAAAGAGAUGACCCCGCACAGCACCACGGUACAGCAGAACGGCAACACGGGAAACGGUCGUAAGGAUAAGGACCCCCCGAACUCACGACCUAGUCCAACAUCAACAACUACCAAAGCCACAACCAAGGUGCAAUCGCCCACUUCUCCACCACCUCCCCCAGCCAAGCCCACCGGGCGCUGGAACCCUGGACGCUCUGUGAAAGGUCCAGCCACACGCCCACACCACCGCUUCAGAACACUGGCCCCCACAUCUCCUAGUCUGCGUUCAGAGGUCUUCAAGCCUUGCAUCGAUGACAAGGACCUGGCCUUCUGCCUCAACGAGGGCGAGUGCUCCAUCAUUGAGACAGUAGCAGGAGUGCACAGACACUGCAGGUGUAAAGAGGGUUACCACGGACUACGCUGUGACCAGUUUGUACCCAAGACGGACUCCAUCUUAUCUGACCCAACGGGUGAACUGGGCAUCGAGUUCAUGGAGAGCCGUGAGACUUACCAGAGACAGGUGAUGUCCAUCUGCAGCAUCGCCUCAGGAAUCAGUUUUCUCGGAGUGGCGUGCAUGGCUCUCUAUUGCCGCAACAAGAGACACAGGGAAAAGCUACAGACGCAAUUCUCUGAGAGCUGGAACCUGAGGGAGUGCGGAAUCAACCCCUCUGGGCAGAUGUCUAAAUCUUGCCCCAGGCCUCAGUGCGGCCUGCAGCUUCAAAAGUGCUGCAAAUCUCAUGGGUCCUCCCUUCCUGAAGGGGACAGCAGUCUGCCAGCUGGCGCACCCACAGCAGCUCCACCUAUUCUCAACAGAGCACUCUCCAAAGGGAAACGUUUCAGGAGUAGCUCCCUCAGUCCAGUCCAAAGACACUGGGACACUCAUCACAUGAGGACCCCGCCCAUCUCUCGAGGACCAAGGGUUGCUAGCCCCGCAUAUAAGCACCUGGAGGAGGUGGAGUCUGCAGAGAUGGAGGCAGAGUCUUUAAGAGGGUUUGACACUGGAAGGGGUGGAGGUGACGAUCGCCAGCACAGCGGGUUCCCGAAUAUGCAAACCAUGUCUCGUUCCGCAGAGAAGAAGGGAUGGAGGGAUGUUCCCUGCACCCGUCUAGACAGAGGAAUAACACCCGCUCCUCCCUCUCUCCGCACGCACUCCGUCCCCAUCAUCCCCUCUCUCCAGGAACACGACCGCGAGAGGGGUCACGUGGACGGGAGCAGGGAGAGGGUGUCGCAUGGAGGAGGUCUUGCCGGGCCAGGUUACAUGGCGCAGGCACCUGUCGGUAGCAGCAGCCACACCCCCCCUAACUCCUCCACCUCUGUGUGUGUACUAGAAUUAGAGGACAGACCCAGUCAUGUGCGUCCCUACAACAUCAAGACUGCACUGGUGUCAGAGACAAGCCCUAUUCACACGCACCAGGGCUCCUCUGAAACCCUAGUAGGGCCAGGGGACCUGUUCCAACACUCUAGCCUUGUCACCUCUGGGACAGCAGAAUCCGGAUCAGGUGUUGCCGGGUUGAACAGCACAAACACUUUUAUUGCUGUGACCGUGCUGGAGUCCAAGAAAAAGAGCAUGCGGUAUACACCCAGACUGCUCUACAGCUUUCCCAAGAGCAGGGGUCCUCAGGCAGGUGUCCAAAGAGAGGCCCAGGGGCUUGGUAAACAAAACAUUGCCCUGGUGAAUGGAGGGGCAAACAGCUUCCUGUCAACAGUGGUGGGAAAAGGUGCUGGAAUUUCUUGUGCCAAACAUUCUGCCAGCUGAUUGGAUUAUUUCUCGCCAACUUGCAAGGAGAGACUCCGCCCACCUGCAUCGAUGACACGGGAGGGGGUAGGACCACCUGCUUAACUAAUUGGCCCCUAGUUUCUGUAAAAGAGCCACAGCAGCCUGGACUGCAGAGAGGAAUUAAUUUAUACAUUUAAGACACUGAAAACACACACACAUGUAUGUGAAUAAUGUGAAACAAUGCAGACAGACAUAAAGACCAGUGGGAGCUUGAUAUAAAUGUGUAUUUGAAAAAAAUAUAAAUGAUUUAUAUGCACUAUUUAGACAAAGCUUCUACUUAGAAAUCAAAAUAGUGUGUCAUAUCUAUGUUGUUUCUCAAUUGUAAAGAAAUCAAAUUAUACAUGUCAUAUGUCCUAUAAACAUAUAUUUGACAUGACGACGUGACAAAAUAAAGACUACAGUGUUAAA